AAGACACAACACUGGUUUGGGAUUGACUCCUUGUAAUGUCUGUCUGCUAGUGUUUGAAUGGCACAUUGAUUCUUGGGGUGCCCAAAGUAAAUAUGAACCCCUGGAAUACAAAACCUGCUCUCUGCCAUGGAGGGAUGUUGUGUGGUGGGUUUAUGUUGUGUAGUUUCAAUGUCAGAUUUGGCAGACGUCAACUUCUGAUUUUUUCUUUGCAGGUAUACAGAAGCCUCCACGUCUCCCUCUGUGGGGAAAUACUAUCAGGCUCUGUACAAUCUCAGAUAUGCCUUAACAGCCAGAGGCAAGUCAUGUUUAAAUUAAAGAAUAAACAGCAACAACUUACACCUGAAAUGUUGUAGUGGUAGAACUGUUUGUGGGUGAAUCUCGCUGGUAUGGUGUAGUAGGCGUUGUUUUGUUUGAUUGGUCCUGGGAUUUAUUCACUAGGAACCAAACAGAACCAACUGGGGAGGGACCUACCUGAAUUUGUCUAAAAGAAACUCGUUUUCGUUGGGCGUAAACGAUUGUCUUUGCAAAACGUUUUGGACUAAUGAUUACACCCCUGUAGUAGAAAUGUAGUUGGGUAGGUUACGAAUGACCUAACCAACCACAUGACCACCCUCUCGGAGGGUACAGGGUAUUUGAGGGGAUUGGAGUUGAGUUAUAAUAUCUGUAUUACUUAACGUUUAGGAGUUUUUGUAUUCGGUUUCUUUCUCCAAAUUGGUUGUUCAUCCUUGAUGUAUGUUUAAUUCACACUAUGGCAUACUGUAUGUUCUAUCUCCCUCGGAGGUGGAAUUUCCACUGAAAUUAGCCAUCACUCCAUUAGGCAGUGUUGGUUAACUCAGAUCCACCUCAAUUUAGCUGCAUUGUUGCAUAAUCCUCCCUCUCUUGUCAAAUGUAUAACUUGACCUUCAACUCAGCUCGCUUUCUCCCCGAGACUCUUACUGGAUGAUAAGUAAUGAAUUUAGCAAUUUUUUAUCUGUUCAGGUCUAUGCCAGAGAGUUCUUUGUAAACCUGCUGAUAGUCAUCUGCUCAGGAGUAUCCUACAGUAACUCCGGGGGUUACCGGGACCUGGCCAGCCUCGGGGGUCUCUACCAGUACUACCAUGGAGGACAGGCUUUCACCGGCGCCUACACAGACAGGGUCAAGGAGCUGGACAAACAUUUCCACCAGCUCAAGAUACCUCCAUACAUCUUCAGCAUGGCCUGUGGAGGGGCUCUGAUGGUUUAUGCCUGCAUCACUCUAGGUUUGGGGAUCCUGAGAGUCCCUUAACGCUAGACCCCUAUGCUGCUGGGUGAGGCCCUGGUGAACCUCCUGAUCGGCCUGGGCUACAUCCCUGCCCUGGCCUUCUACUUCAUCAAGCUGCAGGAGACCUACGACAAGCCCAUCUGUACGGAGAAGGAAGUGCUCUACAAGAGCAAAGGGCAUCAGGGCUUUGCGUGUGCACUCAAUGGAGCAGACAUCGCUGGAGGCCUCUUCAGGGUGCUUGGAGUCACUGAUUUCAUCUUCCGAAUGGUCUUGGCCAUCCGUGCUUUCAGGGCAGUGCGUGAGAUGAAGAGACCGAGAGCAAUGGAAGAUGGUAACUUAUAACAGGUUUGCUCACCCCCCACUGUGAAUAUAAAGGAUACAAAUGUAGGGUUGAGAUCAAAUUUAGUCAAACAGCUAUAAAUAUUCGUGCAUUUUUAUGAACUGAUUUUUAAAAAAGUGUUUAACUGUAAAAAUAGCAAUUUUGUACAUGACUUUUGUUCUAAGUUUUAUAAACUUUAAAAACACGCACACUUAUUUUACUAAAUGUUACAGAUGUGUGACAUCUACAGUGUCACAAACAU